AUGAUCUUCGAGGGCAUCGGUAUCGAUCUUCACUUCCUCUUCGAGGGCCACUCCAACUCGCGCGAGGUGGCCGAAAUCUUCCAACAGUACCACCAUGCUGGUCAGCGGGUCGUUCCAGAACGGUCCACCCGGCUCGGUCUCUUUCGCAUCCAAGAAACCUCUCGCGUGGUUACCGACUACGGCCAGCAGCCCAUGGGCAACUCUCGGGUGGAUGCGCUUACGUUCCAGGUGACGCAUGGUAGCAAGGCUCGUCACAACCUGGUCCGCGUCUGGCGUCACUCCGACGAGGAGCCCCCCGUCGCCGACGCAUCGAAGUGCGACUUCGUGACAUUCCGGGCGAUCAGCCGCGAGAACGGCACGGGAGAAGCACGGGUGAUUUGCGAGGCCCAACCGAUCGAGUUUUCGUAUCGCCAUACAUCACUUUGGAUCGAUGCGGGCUUCGUCAACGAGGUUCCCGAGUGCGACAUCGAGGUCCUUGUGGAGAGGCCGGCUCUGAAGCAGAACGUUACGGUCAGGUUUGUCUAUCAGAGCCAGGACGAUGCGUCGAUGGUCACCCCCUUCCCGGGCGUCCCCCUGUCCGACGAUGGCCUUUCAUAUCGAGACGACGCAAGCAACAUCGCUGUAGGCAGCCAGGCAGAGCGCCAGCUUCGCCAGUUCAUCGACGCCUUCAUCUCCCGCCGGAACUUGGCCAGCUACGGCUUCCGCAUUGCCGAAGAUAGCAACAACAUCGACGGACAUGAAGAUGCACGUCACGCAGGAUCCAUCAGCGCCCCUGCAACCCAGACUUGCAUGACGUCCUCGGCAGCAGGCCUCCUGACCCCCGACCUCUCCGGCCCUGGCUUGCCCCGUCGUGCAGGGUCGAUGAAUCCGGAGAACGCUCCUGAUCAUGCAGUCGCGCAGUCAGCCGCAGGUCGGUCGAGCCGCGACUUCCAGCUUCCCGGCGACGCUUCGUUCGUGGCGCCAACAAGCCCUCGUGGAUGGACCGGUGCUUGGAGCCGUAUCACCAGCAUCGCCAAUCACAUUUCGCCGACGCGUGCAGCUUCACUUCCUCCCGCCGCCCCUUCUGCCCAGACUGCGUCGGAUCCCUUCCAGCCUGUCCCUGCGCCGGCUCCACCCCACGAAGAGGCUGUGAUGGAGGGCUCGGCCAACGAAGGUCGUGUUCAGGACUCUUUGGAUGGCAACAACGCUCAGACCAUCGACUCGCAAAGCAUGGAUGUGGGAGGACAAAGCAUCCGACAUGGACUCGAGCAGUUGCUCGACGGAAUCGACUCGAUCCUCGGAGACGCACUCGAAAACAUGAAUUCGCACGGCACCAUCGACGGCUGCGGUCUGCCUGCUCCUUCCGGUGUUGUGGGCGAUGCAACGGCGGCCAGCAACGAUAUGGACGUGGGAAGCAGUACCACUGCCGAACAGAUGCCAGCAGCGCAGGGUGACAAGGCUGCUCGCACCAUCGGCGACGGCUCUGCCCCCGAGCACCAGGACGCAAUGUCCGACGCAACUCCCGAGCAGGCCGCUGCUCACGCCCUUCUGGUUAUUUCGGACUCUCUUGAGGGACAGAGCGCUGCCACUGAUAGGCCUGCGGUCUCCACUGCGCAGGACGUCGAUAUGGAGGAUGGCGAAGCUGCCUCGAAUGACAACCGUCCUGACACGCAUGGCAAUGCCCCCGCCGUAGGAGUAAUUCAGGCGGAGAACAAUGUCAACAUGGCCGAUGCUACGCAAGAUGACUUCACCAUUGUUUCCUGCACCCGACGCACCGAUGCGCAAGCAGGCGGAGCAGCGCCUUCCACAGCCGCCAUGCCUGCAGACAACGAGUCGCUGGCUGGAUCCGAAGUGCCUCUCGCCAGCCGCACUGGACUCUUGACCGUGGAGGCACUGCAGGCGAUCCAGGAGUUGGCCCUCGUUCCUUCGCGUGCGGGCAGUGCGCGUGGACCUCCGAGCGAUGCAAGUGGAUCUAUCACGCUGCGCCGACAUGGACGCCACUCUCGGAGCCCGGCGCUCUCCACCUCGUCGCGCUCGCACCGAGGCUUCAACCCCACCACGGAGCGCUUGGGCCAGAUCUACGAGUACCUCGUGGCGAAGGUGAUGCAGGACGAAAGCCAGGAUUCGGCCAAGUGCAACGCGAUCGCGGAGAAGCGUAAUCAGAAGGAAAGUGAACUCGAGGCGGCGCGCUUGCGCAUCCUGGUCGAGAAGGAACGAUAUAAAGCCCAGUACGACGUGGCACACAAGGAGCUCGAUCUGAAGCGCGACACGAUGCGCCUGCUGCGUGCGCAGUACAAGGGCCAAGCAGGCUUUUCGCGCUUCUUGGCCAAGAUCGGUGUGGGCUCGCGCGCGGGUAGCGACCGACGCAGCCGCAGCCGCAGCCGCGAGACCACGCCGCGAGCUAUCACUUCACGAGCUGCCAGUCGUCAGGCCACUCCCACCGUCGUUCGCGCCACCCCGAAGCCCGAGCCAAUCGAUCUGACUGGCGGCGAUGAUCUGCAUGCUGGCUCUGGCGCACGCGCUGGACGUCGUGCAGCAUCCAUCGCACGCAGCCUUGGCGGCACUCUCGCUUCGCAGCAAACCCAGUCGGUCAUCAAGGUGGGCGACGUGAGCGAUCUCAUGCAGCCGUCUCCGGUCGAGCCCAAGCGCGGCGGUAGUGUUGUGGCCGGUACAAGUGGAAGUCAGCAUCGCUCGAAGCACGUUGGUGGAGUCGGCAACCAGAUUGGCGAGUGGCGUCAUUCGGUCCCAGCCUCGCCUCGCACCAGUCGGGCGCCUACGCCGGCAGCCGCAUCUCAGGCGUCUACGUCGCGCGGUCCGAGCGGCAGUAUCGACGAUCCGAUCGACUUGUCGGGCAGCCGCCGUCCGGCGCGAUCCAAUGGCACGAUUGUGCUCGACUCGGGCUCUAGGCGCGCGGCUUCGUCGCGAGCGUCCAGCAUUGUGCCGCCCGACGCCCCGCUGUUUUCGCCUGCUCGCAGCGUGCGCGAGUCCUCCGCAGCCACCGGCAUCACCACGCUCUUCUAG